CGAUAUGGUUCGGCGUCAUUUAAGGAUAAAUUGUGACCUCGAACGCGCACCUAUCCUUCGUUCGUAAGAAAAUGUAUUACUCAAAAUUAUUCUUACUCGUCGCUCUUUCGAGCUUCGGGGGAGUUUUCGGAGGACUUUUCGAUAUCUUGAGCACUACUACGGAUUAUAAUCUGGCAUUUGCCAUGGAUACCCUAUUCGGGCUUGUGAUUAACACUACAGAGUUCUGGAUCAAAGGAAACAAUACCGAUCCCAUUGAGGUUAAUGUGAAGCUGAUGUGCGGUAAUCGAAACACAGCCAGCCUGUCCAGAACCGUUAUAAAUGACGGUAACCUGAAGGCGAAGAUCGACACCUCUAAACCGAUUGUUUUCAUCACGCAUGGUUGGGUAGAUAAUGGAAACCGCUUCUGGAUUAAAGAGCUUAAGGAUGAUUACCUCAAAUAUUUCGACACGAACGUUUGCGUCGUAGAUUGGGGCAACUUGGCCAUCGUUGGCUACAUGAUCGCAGUUAAGAACACCUUCGACGUUGGUCAAUACGUGGCACAGUUCAUAACGUACCUUAGCAAUCAGGGUAUUCCAUUGAGUAAAGUUACGCUCGUUGGUCACAGUUUGGGAGCGCAAAUCAGUGGACACAUUGGUCACAAUUUGGGUGGUCAAGUAGGUGCAAUUUAUGGAUUAGAUCCUGCUGGACCUCUGUUUACGAUGCCCUUCGAUGUGGGAACCUCAAAGCGGUUGGACAAAUCGGAUGCCAAGUACGUACAGACGAUCGUUACCUCGAAAUGUACCACCGGGGUUUGCGCUGGAGAUGGCCAUGAAAAUUUCUACCCUAAUGGAGGAUGGGUGCCCCAAGUUAACUGUGGCAUACCGCUGCUGUCUAACGCCGAGAGCCCGGAACUGAUCAGCUGCAGUCACUCACACUCGAUUACGCUGUUCCGAAUGGCGCUCAAUCCGAAAAAUGUUUUCACCGGAAAAGCUUGUGUGGAUUACUUUUCCUACUAUGCUUUGAUGUGUUUAUUUAGCUCGACCACAAAAAUGGGUGUUUAUUCAAGCCGUAUUGGAGGUAAUUUCCAUGUGAAAACAUCCGCAUUUACACCUUUCACAUAAAUAAGUUUAGGAGAACAGAAAAAGGUCAUUUGACGUAUUUCAUCGAUUCGGUUUGAUAUAUUCUGUAAAUAAAUUGACAGCGGCAAAAUGUAGUAUAGAAUUUGUAUCAA